CACUUCCACUCAUUUUUCAAGCGCAGGGGUCCCUGGCAGGCGGCCUUGUGAGUCAGCAGGAGGAAAGCGCACACACUCACUCUCUUUCUCUCUCUCCCUCUCUCAGCUGAAUGCUGUCAAGCUUUCAGAGGCAGCCUUCUGAGCUCAUUUAAACCACACAUUUUCAUUUCUACUGGGGAAAAUUUCCUGAGCCGUUUUGGCUUUUUCUGACUUUGAGUUUUAUUUUAAGGGACCUGAAACAGGGCCUUUUGUUUUUGCAGUAAAGGCUCUGAACCUGCAUCAGUGCCUUUGUUUUGGCAGAGACUGACAUGAUGAAGUCGGUGGCAUCCUUGCGCCUGUGGAAGGCCACUACUGUGCUGGCACUGAUGGUGAACCUGGUGCCCCUGAGCCUGGCAACGGAGUACGAGUACCUAGGCUGGAAGCCUGAUUCGUUCGGUGGCGGGAGAGCCUAUGACAAGCCUCCGCAGUGCGUGCCCAUACCAGAUGACCUGCGCCUGUGCCACGGUGUCGGCUACAACCAGAUGCUGUUGCCCAACCUGCUUGAGCACGAGAGCAUGGCCGAAGUGAGGCAGCAAGCGGGCAGCUGGGUGCCUCUGGUGCACAAGGCGUGCCAUCCGGGCACACGCAUCUUCCUGUGCUCGCUGUUCGCACCUGUCUGCAUGGAUCGGCCCAUCUACCCAUGCCGCUGGCUGUGCGAGAACGUGCGCCAGGGCUGUGAACCCAUCAUGGAGGCGUUCGGGUUCCCAUGGCCUGAAAUGCUCACCUGCACCAAGUUUCCUCAGGAUGAAGUGUGCAUCAGCACACCCAACACCACCGAAACAUCCACAGAGAGUGGUUACCCGCCGGUCUGCCCACCAUGCGACAACGAAAUGAAAACCGAUGCUAUUCUGGAGCAUAUGUGUGCCAGCGAGUUCGCCAUCAAGACCAAAAUCAAGGAGGUGAAACGGGAGAAUGCGGACCGCAAGGUGACCUUGCAGAAGAAGAAGAAGGCUGUGAAAUUGGGAUCCCUAAAAAAGAAAGACUUGAAGACCCUCACGUUGUAUCUGAAGAACGGCGCCGACUGUCCCUGCUCGCAGCUGGACAACCUCAGCAGCACCUACCUCAUUAUGGGUCGCAAGACAGACAGGCAGUACCUCAUCACCGGCAUCCACAAGUGGGACAAAUCCAACAAGGAGUUCAAAAAGACCUUGAAGAAACUGCAAAGCCACAAGUGCCCUACUUAUGAAAAAGUCUUCAAAUAAUCCAGCAGCCAAAACAACAUUUCCAUCCUACUUUUGAAUGAACUUGCACAUAUGAGCAACCCAAAAAAGCUCCCUUUGUUUAUAUACAGCCUAUGUUAUAUAUUUCUAUGUAUUUUUCAGACCAACACUUGUAGGUUUUUGUUUGUGCUGUUUAAGUUAGAGGACUCUCUUUAGGAUUUUACGAAUGGUACACUAUCCAGCAAAGUACAAAUCAUUACUAAUGUAUAUAGCCAUAUCAGUCCAGAAUGUGUUGGAAAAUUACCAGAAUUCCUCUCGAAUGUAUCAUUAUUUCCUUUUUUUCUCUGUAAACGUCUAGCUUAUUAAGACCACCCUUCUUUUUUGGAUCAUUCGGAAAGGUACUUAUAUUUUAAACUGUGAACCCUGCACACAAGAUUUUGAGCCUUGAAUGUUACCAAAUAUGUUGAACGUUAUGUCUCACAUUUUGGGCAGAAUUUCUUUGCUUUUAUUGUUUUUUUUUUAUUGUACACUCAUUAUCAUACACUUUGUGAAGUAAUCCACGCUAGACAACAACAUAACCUGUAUUCAGUAAUCAAUCCAAAGAUAAUCAAGCUGCUUUUGUAUUCAUUAUGCUGUGAUUGGUAGGUAAUAGGUAAUAGAUGUCCUGGUUCACAUUUUCAUGCAAAUGAGACCACACACAUUUUAAUACUUAACCAAGGACAAAAAGCAAGCUUUGUAAACAACAACUAUACAUUAUUAUCUAAAUUCCUUUUAGAUCCACAAGAUUCUGGUCUUGUUUGUUUUGCUAUUAUUUUGGGGCUAAGUUUUGUGUAUUUUUGAAAUUGCAAUUCAUACAAUUCCUACACUAUAUUACAAAAUGCUUCUUGCAUAGUGGUUUAAAAUGCACAAUAUACAUAUCAAAUGACUUUUUUUAUUCAGUUAGCACUAUUAGUUUGAAUUCAUUUGUGUCUUUUGUAAAAUGUUGCCAAUCAUUUUGUACAUAAAAUUCUAACACAAAUAUAGAAUAAAACUGUGACACAAACACA